UUACGUCACUGGCGCAUACCAACAACAAUUACAAACAUACUUAUGCCUAUAUCCCGGGUAUUUAAAUCAAUCGAUUCGUUCGAUAUCGUCACACCCCAUCAAUAUGGCGACAGGAUCAGACGACUUUAAGUUAUGGAAAUGUGCUGUGAUUUCAUGUGAAAAAGGUCCCAUCAAAUCGACAGACGGCAGGGUGGAUACUAGGGCGUAUGCUUUGCCGAAAAAUGAACGCUCAGAUUUCCAAGUAAACUGGGACGAUAAAGGAUUUGCAACAUUCCAUGAUGUUUGUUGGUAUACGUUAAUCAAAAGAUUAUCAAAAGACAAGGCCUCGGGAAUCACCAAAGCUGAAGAAGAUAUGAUUAAGGAAGCAUUAAAAACGGCAGAAAUUCACGACUCGUACGAAAAACUGAAAAAGGAAGCGGAACAUGUAGCUAAGCUGAUCAAAAAGUCAGAGUACUGUAUAGCAUUUACAGGAGCGGGUAUUUCAACAGCUGCAGGGAUCGGUGAUUUCAGAGGAAUAACUGGAAAAUGGACAGAGCGAGACAAAGCUAAAAAACAAGGAACCAAGGGGACCAAGGUACCACCACGUAAUCUGCAGGCUCUACGCCCAACUUACACACAUGAAGCCAUCGUUAAACUACUGGAAAAGGGGUAUAUGAAGCACGUUAUUAGUCAAAACGUGGACGGCCUCCAUCGAUUGUCGGGGGUCAAGGAAGGUCAAAUUUCGGAACUUCACGGAAACGGGUUCGAGGAGAAAUGCGAGAAGUGUAAGAAACGUUAUGUGAGGAAUUUCAGAUGUGGCGGGAAAGCGACCAAUGUCCCUGUAAAUAAGUGCACAAAAUGCCGGUUAAAUCAUCGAACGGGACGGGUGUGCGAUGAUAAGAAGUGUAAUGGAUAUCUGAUGAACACCAUCAUCAAUUUUGGGGACUAUUUAGAGAGUGAUGUGUUAGAUGGUGCGGAGAAACACGCGGAACAAUCGGACCUCGUUUUGGCUCUAGGAACUACUUUGCAAGUCUCACCAGCAAACAACUUAGUAGAAAGUGGACAGGAUCCUACGCGUUUGGUUAUUUGCAACAGACAAGUCACAGAUUACGACCAGACAUGUUUAGAGCUAGAUGACAACGGAGUUCCUUUGGGGUCACGUGUUUUUGGAGACUGUGAUAAAAUGAUGCGCGAACUGAUGCGCAGUGUUCUUCCGGGAGAUGAGUUGAAAAAAUGGGAGCAGGACAGGGAAGUCCGAAUGCUGGCUUACGACACCCAGAGGAAAUUGUAACAGAUUUACGAACUAUAUCGUAGUUAAACAUUAAUGGGAGAAUAUAGGAACAUUUAAAAACUCUCAGUACAUUCAUGAGACAUGUUAUAACUUUUUUUUAACUAAUCUGAAUUAAUUCUAAAGGCAAUACAUAUACAGUCAAAUUCUCAUGAGCUUAAAUUGUCUUUAAUCUUUGA